AUGAAUUGUGUGUCCCCUCACAGACACUUCCCCUGUGUAUAGACAGUGACAUGAGAGAGUCCCGCAGUGUUCUGUGUACUGCGGACCAGAAGGAGCUUGUUCCGGUGUAUCAGCUCUGUGUAGUGGCGGGCUGUCCGGUCACACGGCGCUCUCAGGUGAUAGCGGGAUCCAUAGGAAGGGGCAACAGUAGCCGGGGGACACAAUUAAAUGUAACACCGAUGCUUUGGUUGUCAAUGGCAACUGUAAACACAGGCAGGAUUCCAUGUGCCUGUGAGUGUUCGUAUGAUCAGGUGACGAGUCUCCUGAGUGUGAGGAGACGGCAGUACUCAUCCCUGAGUUUAGAUAAUUCCAAUCUAGAUAAUGGAAAAGCCACCAAGUACAUUUGAAGAAUUUCUUAACUUCCGACAUUUGAAAAACUGGCCAGAAAAUCCUUUUCUAGAAGAAAAUCUACCUGGAGAUUUAUUCUCUGCUAAUAACUUUUCACUUGAAAUGAUUAAUGAAGAAUUUUUAAGGAAAGUACCCUUUAAUAGUAAUGUAUUUGAAGAUUUCGAAGCAGAAAUUGCAAAAGACUUGACUUUUUUGGAUAGUUAUUCUUCCCAGAUAAUAUAUUUACCAACUUCAGAAGAUCAUCUUUGUUCAGUAAAUAGGGCCUUUGUUACUGAAGUUGAGUUUCAUGAACUGUCUCAAAAAGCACAAGAUAAAAUUGAGGCACUAUCCAGAAUUAAUUAUGGAACAGAAAACUUUGUUGAGAACUGUGUGUUUCCUGACUUCAGUGGUGCAGACUUGCCUGGACAUCUGGAGGCCACCCAGAUCCUGCAGUGUAUUGCUAAAACCAAGCAAUAUCAAGAUCUGCAUGGAAAAAUGUUGUCAAAGUUUCUUUUGUCAGAAGAUUCUGUAGCCAUGCUUAAAGAUUGUUUCUGGUGGUUUUUUCUUCAUAGAUUUAAGCCUCAACAAUUAGCACAAGAUCACCUCUUUGACAGACUAUCGGACACUUUUGUUGCUCUUUUUUGUCGUGUACCUACUGAUGUUAAGGAUUUCUUCUUCAAGAUGUAUCCAAAUUACUUGUCACAAGCCGUGUUUACUGCAUUUUACAAAGCAUUUCCACAAUCCCUUCCACAAUUUAAUGGAGAAUUUAAGAGUGAAAUAGUAGACCUAAUUUUCCAGUGGGUGUCUGGAAUUAAACCCGUUCCUUGUUCAUGGAAAAAGUGGGAUUUACAUUUUCUUGAUAAGAGUGAUCAAUUUUCUAAAGGAAACGUUACCCUUCCACUAGAAAAUCAACCAAAUGAAGUUAAACGGCACCUGGAAUUUAACUUGGACAACUUAAUACAAGAUGCUAGAGAAUCCAACCUACCUAAGACAGUGGAUAAAGAAGAGACAGAUUCACCUGCGAAAGAGUCACACUCAAUUGGCCCAGGACCUGAAUUUCAUCACACACUUUUCCAAAUGGGAGGACACAGUCUUUUAGUGUCAAACUACCUGAAGAGGCACAAACUGAAAGAUUUCAUACAUGUCAACUCAAGGCAUAAACUAAAACGAACUGAAAUUUCAAAGGUACCUCCAGUUGGACCCACUUAUGAAGAUGUCAUAAGGGAAACCCAAAAGAACAGAAAACUUUUACAACAAGAGUGUGAAAUGCUGGAAGCAAAGACCCAAAAAGAACUUGCAGAGAUUCAGCAACAGAAUGUGAAAGUCAAGAAGCAAAUACAGAAAAUGAAGCAGGAACUUAUAAGUGGAGGGAAGCAUAACACUACUCUUCUUUUGGAAAAACUGCACAAGAUGUCAUUUUCCAGCAAAUUAUUCAUGAAAGACAAUCUGACAAUACAAGAUAUUCUUGAUGCUGAAGAUUCGGAGCCAGACUCUGAACAAACGUUAGUAAUGCUUUGAAAGCCUUUCCGUUAACAACGUAUGUCAUUCCAUUGUAUUUCUUCAAACAAUAAAAUACAAUUUUAGAAGCA